AUGGCUCAGGUUCAAGGCCACUGCGACGCCCGGUUUUCCAAGUUGCGCGACUUAAUGCAAGAAUUCAUCGCUUCCGGACAAGACAUCGGUGCCAGUCUGUGUAUUAAUAUCAACGGCGAAGAUAACGUGGUGGACAUAUGGGGAGGAUAUGCCGACGCGUCGGCCAAGAAACCAUGGGAAAAGGAUACGGUGGUGAACGUCUUCUCAACCACGAAACUCGUCACCAACCUGGCGGCACUGAUGCUGAUCUCGCGUGGUAUGCUCCGCCCUGAGGACAAGGUGGCGCAGCACUGGCCCGAUUUUGCGGCGAACGGGAAGUCCGAGGUCACAGUCGGCCAAAUAUUAUCCCACACAGCUGGUCUCAGCGCGUGGCAGGACAACAUGACACUGGAGGACAUAUGCGACGUCAAGAGAGCAACCGAAAAGCUGGCGCGCCAGGCAACGCUGUGGGAUCCCGGAACCGCAAUGGGAUAUCACGGUUUGACGCAGGGAUUCCUCGUCGGGGAGCUGGUGCGGAGGAAGACUGGGAUGUCCAUCGAGAAGUUCGUGGAGGAGGAAAUUUGCCGGCCACUGGGCGACGGGACGGACUUCCAAUUUGGUUGUCGCAAGGAGGACCGGAGUCGGGUGGCCCCUGUCGUGCCUCCACCGGGACCUUCGAUCCAGGAGGUGCUUAGUCAGGUAGGAUAUGAGCAGGACUCGAUCGUUGUGCGCACGCUUUGUAACCCCUUUCCCAUUGCCGAGGACGCCAAAACUGUACUCUGGCAGUCCAGCGUGUUAGGCUCAGUCAACGGCCACACGAACGCCAGGGCAUUGGUCAAAAUCCUUUCCUGCUUCUCGCUCGGCGGUACAUGUGCGGCAGGUGGCCAUCGCCUAUUGUCGGCGGAGACGGUGAGACUGGCGUUUACGGAGCAUGCGAGUGGGAUGGACUUGGUGACGGGCCGUAGCGGGAGGCGCGGACUUGGGAUCUACCUCACCGGACCUGGGUCGGGGAUCGCCGAAAGCAAGCUGCCGGAGGGCAGUGUUGGAUGGGGUAGCGGAUGGGGCGGUUCGAUCGUGGUUAUGGAUAGCGACAGGAGGCUCACAAUCGCGUACACGAUGAAUAGGAUGCUGAAUGAAGAACAUCCUUCCCCGGCAGCGUAUAUUCAGGCGGUUUAUGAGAUAGUUAAGGAAUUGAUUUAG